UUUGAAUUCACUGGUUGUUGACAAUAUCAUUGCGCGCAUACGACUGUGUUGAGACAUUGCCUGCACUGUCUUCCAAUCCACUCGUUUCUACACACAUCUAAAACAACAGGUUGUGACCUUGAGUCAAGAUCUAAUCGGACACCUCUGCAACAAAACUUCACAUACCCUCCAAGUCACGUCUUGAUCAUGUCUGACUACGGCGAUGAGGGCGGCUACGGUAACGAUGAGCCGGAUGACACCUUUUACGAACCCGAAGAAGACGUUCAAGAUUUUGCCCCCGAUGCCGAAGUAGAUGAGGAUGCGAUCGAGGCCAACCGCAAUGCCGAAGAUGGCGAUGAUGAUCGAGUUGUUGUUUCCGGCGAUCCCAACCAGGUUCAAAAACCCUCCAGCGACGCAGACAAGAAAAUCCCCGACGAUAAGCGAACCACCACUCCAUACAUGUCAAAGUACGAGCGGGCGAGGGUUCUAGGAACAAGAGCGUUGCAGAUCAGCAUGAACGCACCUGUCCUUGUCGACCUCGAGGGAGAGACCGAUCCUCUUCAAAUUGCGAUCAAAGAGUUGAACCAGAAGAAGAUUCCCCUUGUCAUUCGACGUUAUCUUCCUGACGGAUGGUACGAAGAUUGGACAUGUGAAGAACUGCUAUGAAACCUCGUAGGGUUCGUUACCGCACUCCCAGCGUCUCUCGAACUGUUCGACCAAGCUCCCAAUGCACUUCGCUCGCUCUUCGCUCGCUCUUUCGGCCUACAAGAAGCCGCGACUGGUGGUGGCGGUGGCGAUGGCGGCCGUUUCCAUGUGAUUUUUCGUGCCAAUCCCUCGUUAUAACCUGGUGUCGACUGCCGCCACGAAGACUAGAGCCUCCUUUGAGUAUAUGCGAAACCUUACCGGGGAACACCUCCUCCAGAAUUGGUUAUUCCUACUUCGCGACGGUCCUUGGCCACGAGGUCGCCACCGCCGACCCGGAGAAAGCUCACAAUGAGGCCUGUCAAUCAAGAGGACUCUAUGGUUUCACGUCUUCAAGAGCGUCUCCUCAGUAUUCGCGCAGCGAUCAUCGUCCUCAUCCACAGGCCGUGCAUCUCUAGCGAUGAAGUCCAACCUUGCACAAAUGCCGUGAUGAAAACGUUCGGCAGCCGGUUGUAUCAUCAUCAUAGAAAGGAUCACGAGUCACGGGGGGAUUACCGAGGCGGUCGGGGUCUGUGAUAGGAGUCGUGCAUUGUGCGAGGAUUGGUUCCAGUCCAUCCUCGACAAGAGGGGAUUCUUCCGCAGUUGCAGAAAUUAGGUUUUCAAUGCAUAUCUCUAUAUCACAAUGGCAUCGGAAUCAUGUAACACGAGUGCACUUCAUACGUAUGUCAGCUUGAUUGAGGAUACCGUAGUCUACAAGUCUACUCAUACCUGCAAACCUCUCUUGCUACUUGAAUACAAC